CUCCCGUACCUGCUGAUUCUUGGCUUGCUUGCUGGCUGCUGCUCCAUCGCCUUUUUCCCAUCUCACACCACAACCACCACCGCCACACAGAUCCGCGACCGCGGGCAGCGAGGGGUUCCGGUGAGGCGGCCAGCAGUCCCCCGCAGCUGGCGGCGGCGCGCACCACACCUACCUUGUAGGGGGGGGGGGGAAGGUGGGGGAUCGAUGAAGGAUGUAGUGGGGAGCCCAGGGACAUGGAGCGGCAUGUCGCUGCGGGUGUCGCAAUGCGUCUUCGCCGGCGCCUCCGUCGUCGCCAUGGCCUCCGCCUACGGCUUCUCCAACUACACCGCCUUCUGCUACUUAAUUGCUUCCAUGGGACUGCAGCUUCUUUGGAGUUUUGGCCUUGCUUGUCUGGAUAUCUAUUCGUUACAAACUAAAAGAGAUCUUCAUAACCCAGUGCUUGUAAGCCUGUUUGUUGUUGGUGAUUGGGUGACAGCAAUUCUUUCAUUUGCAGCGGCUUCUGCUUCUGCUGGUGUCACCAUUCUUUUCGAGAGAGAUGUUCACUUCUGUAGGAUGUACCCGCAGCUUUCAUGUGGUCGCUACGAGCUUUCGGUUAUCUUGGCAUUCAUCACAUGGUCGUUCAUAGCUACAUCAGCAGUUUCCAUGUUUUGGUUACUGGCUUCGCUUUGAGUCGUAUCAUUGUCACUGUCGUGUUGUGCUAACCAUCAGGAUUGCAUCGACUGUAAUCUGCUUGAGACAUUUUGAUAAUUAGAUUUUAAUGGGGAAGCACCCAUCAUCCUGUGUAGGUAUUGUCUGCUUGGCCCACUGAUCUUUGGUUUGCAAAGAGUUUAUUUGAUCCACUCUGGAGCUGAUCAAGAGAGCAGUAAUGGAACCAAGUCACUAUGUUACUUGUGUACUAGGCUCGAGGGUAUAUAGCGUCAAAGAAUUGCCAUGUUGCACCUUCAUGUUUGCUGAAGUUCAGUCGGACAAACUUUGAACAAUAUAUGAUCCUGAGAGGCACUUUACAGUGUGAAGAUGGAGAAAAACGAUAAUUAGG